AUGGCUAUUAAAUAUUUUUUACUUGUAAAUAUUCGGGGUAAAACUAGAUUAUCGCAAUAUUAUGAAUCAAUACCAUUUGAAGAAAGACCAGCAAUGGAAAGUGAAAUUAUUAGAAAAUGUUUAUCAAGAACUGAAAUUCAAUGUUCAUUUGUAGAAUAUAAAGAUUAUAAAGUCAUAUAUAGAAAGUAUGCAACAUUAUUUUUUAUUGUUGGUGUUGAUACAACUGAAAAUGAAUUAGCAAUUUUAGAACUCAUUCAUAAUUAUGUAGAAAUUUUAGAUAGUUGUUUUGAUAAUGUUAUUAUGUUUAAUUUGGAUAAAGCACAUUUUAUUCUUGAUGAAAUGGUAUCAAAUGGUGAUAUAGUAGAAAUUUCAAAGCAACACAUACUGGAAUUUGUAAAUCUUUUGUAUAAACAAGAAUAA